CAAAUGUGGACCUCCACCCCACUCAUUUGUCUAAUUGAGACAAAAACCAUCUCCCCACCUCACCAUCACCAUCCACUCGAACCAACACCCAAGAGUAGCAAGGAGAAGCUCUGAAAUUCACCAUUUCUUCACCCAAAUUCGAGCUCAAGCUAUAGUGGUCCAAAGAGGAGGAUUAAAGAGGGAAAAAGUUGGGAGAAAGUGAGAAAGAUUAAGGAACUUGAUUAAAGUAUUUUUGAGCUUUGCCGGAGUUUUGCCGGAGUUGGUCAAAGUUCGCCGGAGUUGGUCAAAGUUCGCCGGGAUUAGUCAAAGUUCAAUCGGGGAGCGUAGAACGCGCGUGAGCUCACUUAAGUUUCAGGUAGAACUUGAAGGUUGCUGCCAUUGCCCGCUUGUUUCGGGAAGAUCAAGGAGAGAAGACGUGAUGCCACCAAAGAAGCGAACCAAGAAUGUUGGAACCAGCUCUAGUCGGGCCACAGGUGCCCGAUAUCAGCCUCAAUUCCCGAAGGACGAACAAAUGAUCACAUACCUCGAUUUGCUGAAAAAAGAGGUAGGCACGUUUCAUUAUCCUGAUGAGCCCACCUUGACAGCCGCUGGGCUUCAUGAUGAGGUGAUGACGCUACUCCGUCGGGGAUGGUGGCAACACCUUUUCUUUGGCAUCCGAGAGACCACAUACAAAGAAGUAACUUGCGAAGUGUUGGCCACAAUUAAGGUGCCUCGAUCUAUCAGUUUCUCCGAUAACCACCGACCCCUAAUCAAGUUCCGGGCCUUCAAUGAGGACCAUGCCAUAUCCAUUUACAACAUCCAGUGGCACUUAGGUUUUACCCGGAUUGAGGAUAGAGCAGAUAAUGAAGCAGGCUUGACUGAUUUUCCACGAGAUGUAGACCGCCAGAGGUUUUGGGAGAGCAUUUCUAGAGACGGCGGCACUUAUGACCCCCGGGACACCCCUAGCACCUUGUUGUAUCCACGGGCGUACAGAGUUAUCCAUUCCCUCCUUUCAUCCACCAUCACUGGGAGGGCCGAGGUAGCAGGCAAGGUCUCCACUACAGAUCUUUUGUGCCUUUAUUGCAUGAUCCACAACAAGCUACCACACAUGGGUGCUAUCAUUGCCGGCCUCUUCCACCGUCAGUCUACCUACAAGAUCAAGGCUAUCUUUUCUGGACCCUACAUCACCUGCCUUCUGCGUGGGAUGGGUUACGGCGACCACUUUGUAAACAUGGAUGAGAGUUCUUACUAUGCGCCGUUGACUAAGCUUCCAGAGCUGAACACCGGAGUGGCCAGAAGGAGGCGCCUAGCAGAGCAGCCAGUUGAGGGAGAGCAGAGAGUACCGCAUCAGGCGGGGAUCCAUAUUCAGGAGGGCGGCGCAGCUGGCCACGUUGAUGAUGCAGAUGAGGAGCGCCACACUGAGGGGGGAGGAGCAGCUAUGGACCAUGAUGCUGCUCAUUCUAUUCCUGUCAUGCCACCUGCUUUUCAGGAUGCUUUUUCGAGUUGGCAUGAGGAGCAGAGGGCUUAUCAUGUCGAGUGGAGGGAGAGUCAGCAGCGCCAUCACAGGUCACUUUUUGAGAGUCAGCAGCGUUUCUUUGCCGAUGUUCAGGCAGAGCGACAGAGACAGCAGGAGCUUUAUCGCCAGAUGAGGGCGGACCAGCAGGCAUUCUUUCAGGAGGUCCGGGCAGAGAGGCAGACUUACCACAGAGAGCUCCAGCGGACCAUUCACGAGGACAUUACGACCGGGUUUUCCAACCUGCGCGUACAGUACGCGGAGUUGGACACUCGUGUCACAUCCUUAGAGUCCAGCUGGAGUUCGUUCUUUGAUGCACAGCAGCCACCGCCACCUCCGGAGCAGUAGUGAUUUAGUAGAUUGUUCGCCGUUAGCCUCUGUUCUCUGAUUUUUGAUGGAUGACUGUUUCUAUACUUUCACACUCACUCACUCACUCACAUUACUCUUUACUCUUUCUCCGUAUUUCUUGGAUUUUGUUUGUGUUUUGAUGAUUGCAGCUUACUAGUCCCGUGGAUGAAAUUGCCGAGUUCAUUUCACACAGUUGAGUUCUACACCAACCAUCGCCAUAGGGAAGUUGCUCUGGUUCUUAUUUUUGUGAUAAUGACUUGAGUUAAUGUUGAGCACGCGUGACCCUUUCCUCUUUACCCCUAAUACAUAAUGCAUUUUUGGUCAUCGAGGACGAUGCCAAAGUUUAAGUGUGGGGGAGUGAAUUGGGCAUUCGGGCAGUAGUUGUCACAUGUGAUUUGUUAGGGUUAGCAUGCGCAGGUGUUAGUUGUAUAUUCAUAUGAAAUUCAUGCAAAAUUUUUUGAAAAUUUUUCUUUAAACUGUGUCUUUGUGAGUUGGCUAGCAUUUUGACUAUGCUUUUAGAACAUCUUUGAAGUAUUUAGGCUUAAAUUGCUUACACUACAAUCUAGUUGUUGAAAGGAUGAAGGCAUUAGUUACCCAUUGAAUUAAUUCAUUAAUCAUCCACCCUACCUGAAUAAGACCCUUUAGGAGAAGCCAUUUUGAGCCUGACCGUUCUUUGUUUACCCAAUUAAUUUAGCUCCAUAGCCAAAUGGCCUGUUUCCUUACCCGUGAAUAUUUCUGACUUAGUCCUGAUGUUUAGGGAAUUAAGGGAUUAAUUUGAUAAGUUUAGGGAAUUUUGUGUAGGAGCCAUUUUUGGCACUGUUCCUAUGCUCCAAAUGGGGUAAGAGCAAUCACUUUUUAGGAAUUUGAUACUUUCGAGGAUUGCAUUGUAGGCAUGGAUUCACUUUUAAAUUGAUGAACUUUAAUUGCUAUUUUUCCUUGGUGAGGCCGAGAUUAGAAUGGGGUAAUGUCUAGUGAGAAUCCGAAAGGUGAAAAAUUAAUAUAGCUAGACCUCUUACUUUGCGAAAAAGAGAAUGGGAACCCUGGUCAAAAAGCGUAAGAUGAGACUUGGGUAUCUUUCGAAAGAAACGGCGUUCUCGUGCCAACAUGACAAGGAAAACUAAACUUAAAUUAAUGAACUUGGAGGCUAUCUCAAAAUUUAGCUUUAGUCCUCCGCGUACUUCAAGUAUACGUCAAAGCACAAAUGGGCCGAGACGGUUUAGCUUAGUUGUACACCAUGUCUACUCUUUGCAUAGGUUUAAAUGAUUGUUCCUAAAUUGUGGCCUACUGAGUCCUUUGAUUCUAAGAAUAGCCCUGAAGUUCCUGAAAACAUUGGAUCUUUGUUAGAAUAUUCCUACCUCUCAAAAUAAAGGGACUACUUUCAUUAUUAUCCAUUCACCAUCAAAUUCACAAGUCCUUCUGAUCAGUAGCUAGCUUAUUAGUGAAUGCUGUCAUUACUUUGAGGAUGUUGUGAAUAAUUGUGUCAAAUAGUUUAGCUUGAGUACAAAGGUGUAGUUUAGGGAAGAAUUUUCUUGAUUUAAAUUGUCUGUCCUGUGAAUAUCCCCUUAACUACGUAUGUAUGCUAACUGUUUUAAAUUCCGUGUGGUGAUUAUCGUAAGUCCCGUUGUUCGAUUUGCUUGAGGACAAGCAAAAGCUUAAGUGUGGGGGAGUCUGAUAAGUCCGUAUUUAGACACGCAUUUGAUGCGUGUCCGGGUCGGAUUUUGAUGAUUUUCCUGGCUUUAAGGCGUUGAAAGUCUCAAUUUUGGCUCAAGUUAUGUUUAGCAGGCGUUGGAUCGAGUUUCGUUGCAUUUGGAGAUGAUUUGAAGAAGUUAGAGUCCGGCAAUCGGCGCUGAAGAGACAAUCGGGAGGAGAUAGAAAGCAUUCAAGGAAGAAUUGAGAGAUUUGGAGGUCACCAGGUGAUUCACGGCGAAAUUUUGAUGAAGAAAGAGUAUUGGGAUCGACCUCGUUUGAAUCCGGGCACGUUUGGAGCAAGAAAACGAGAAAACGGAGCGAAAAAGUCAGACGCACGGUCGUGCGUCUGGGACGCACGAUCGUGCGUCCACUACUAAACCGCGAUGAGGCCUCUGCCUGCUACGCACGAUCGUGCAUAGGCAGGGACGCACGAUCGUGCGUAGCCCCGUGACACGCGCGGAAAUUUCCUAUUUCGGCCCAAAUUCGGUUUUUUCCCCUUUUUUCUAUAAAUAAGGCCUCUCUAACCCUUUUGAGGGGUUACAAACAUUACGGAGAGGCCUAGGGACGAAUUUAACACCGUUUUUACGCUAUUUUCUUCCAAGACCCUGGGAUUAUUUGUAAGUUCAUCUUUUUAAUUAAUGACAAUUAUUUCUAUUCA